AUGCCUAGUAAAGAAUUAACAGCAUGGCUUGAUGAAUAUGCUUUAUCUCAUCAACAUCCAAUUAAUAUUCUCAUACAUAAAAUAUGUGUACCAACAAUAACAGUAACUGUUAUUGCUAUGCUUUGGUGUUUACCAAUAAUACCAAAAAAUAUUCGUAAUACAAUAUCAAUUAGUCAAAUUGGUUUAUUGAAUCCUACACUUAUAGUUAUACCUAUACUUGCUUUCUAUUGGAAUCUUUCAUCUUCAAUGGCUAUAGUAAUGACAAUUUUAUUUUUUAUGAUAAUAAUAUUAUUAAUAUUAUUAGAGAAGAAUCAUGUACGAAUAUUUCGUAUAGCAUUAAUUAUAUUUAUAUUAGCUUGGAUUGGACAAUUUAUUGGACAUGAAAUUGAAGGAAAAAAACCAGCAUUUUUUAAAGAUCUACAAUUUCUUUUAAUUGGUCCUCUUUGGACAUUAACUCAUGCUUUACAAUUCAUGGGUAUUGAAUAUUAA